AUGGAAGCUCUCGUUGCUCAGGCUAUCAAAGAUACCACAAGCUUGAGGAAAACCUCGGUUUCUUGGAAAGCCGAUGAGCCUGUUCCACAAUCUUACUAUGCAUUCGACCUCCAAACGUCUUCAUGGAACGCCAAUUCUCCAUCCACACAUGGAGCCCCGAGCGCGAAGAGUUCCGAAGUGACAAGCAUAGCCGUCUAUUCCUGGAACAUUGACUUCAUGUUACCCUUUGACGAAGCUCGCAUGAAACCCGCCUUAGCCCACUUGCAUUACUUGAUAAACGCAAAGAGCUCUCCAACCACAGCUCCGGUCGUCUUUCUCCAAGAGUGCAAGCCAGAGGACCUGAAAACAAUCGCAAUGACUCCCUGGGUCCGAGACCACUUCUAUCUCACGGACAUUGACCACACGAACUGGGCUACGAAACACUACGGAACGACAAUACUAAUCGACUCGCGUCUCUCUGUCGUGAGUGUAUUCCGAGUGCAUUAUUCAAAGACACGCAUGGAUCGCGAUGCGCUCUUCGUAGACGUCUUGUUUGGGUCUGAUGACAAGAAGAUCCGCCUUUGCAACACCCAUCUUGAGUCUAUGGCCUUUGAGCCACCGUUUCGACCAUUCCAGAUGCAAGUCGUGGCACGUUAUCUGCACGAGGACUCCUUGCAUGCUGGGCUCGUUGCUGGAGAUUUUAAUGCUAUCCAACCGUUUGAUCGGACGCUGCAUGUGGAUCAUCACAAUGGUCUAAAAGAUGCGUUCCUUGAACUAGGUGGCGAGGAGGAUACAGAAGAGGGUUUCACUUGGGGUCAGCAGGCAGCAACAAAAUUACGGGAUCAAUUUGGGUGCUCGAGAAUGGAUAAGGUUUAUUUCUGCGGUCGUGUCAAGUUGACCAGGUUUGAGCGGUUUGGGCAAGAUGUAUUUGUGGACGGCGAAGAAGAGCGCAGGGCGAUUGUGGAACUGGGCUUUGAGAAGCCAUGGGUCACGGAUCACUUGGGUGUUAUGGCUGAGCUAGAAGCUCAGCCAUUGCUUGAGAAAGCGCAAAUAUGA